GUUUGUUUAAACAAAGACAAGGAUGUUCGAAGUCUGAAGCAAUAGAUAACAAGCAAUCUCGUAACUCUGCUAAAAAGGUUUGAUUUUGAGGGAUAAUGGGUGGGAAGAAGAGGAAGAGGGAGGGACCCAACAACAAGUUUUCAGAGAAUCCACCAGAUUUUGGGCAUCUUGCUUCUCUGUACCCAUCAUUCGAACCCUUUGUGCAAUACUCGCGUUAUGGGCACCCCAGGAUCGAUUGGACCGACUUCAACGCCACCCGUGAACUCACCCGUGUAUUACUCCAUCACCACCAUGCUCUCAACUGGUGGAUUCCUGAUGGACAGUUGUGUCCUACUGUUCCCAACAGGUCUAAUUACAUCCAUUGGGUUGAAGAUCUUCUCUCAUCUGACAUCAUUCCAAAUACCAUUUCAACUGAAGGUGGUAAGGUGAGGGGAUUUGAUAUAGGAACUGGAGCCAAUUGCAUAUACCCACUUCUUGGUGCAUCUCUUUUGGGAUGGAGUUUUGUAGGAUCAGAUGUGACUGAUGUUGCAAUUGAGUGGGCGGGGAGAAAUGUUGAUAGUAAUCCACAUAUUUCUGAGUUGAUUGAAAUUAGACAGGUUCAAAGCAAUGCAGAUGCUCCCUGUGUGGAGGGUUUGCAUCAUGAAGAGUCAGUCCAUGGUGAGAAUUAUCAUGGACCUCCCAUGCUCCUUGGCGUAGUCAGGGAGGAUGAGAAAUUUGAUUUCUGCAUGUGUAAUCCGCCAUUUUUUGAAAGCUUGGAGGAAGCUGGACUUAAUCCCAAGACUUCUUGUGGUGGCACUUCUGAAGAAAUGGUUUGCCCUGGUGGUGAGAAGGCCUUCAUUACUCGUAUUAUUGAAGAUAGUACUCAGCUGAAGCAUCAUUUUCGGUGGUUCACUUCGAUGGCGGGUAAAAAAUCAAGUCUCAAGUACCUUAUAUCAAAACUUUGGGAGGUUGGUGUAACCAUAGUGAAGACAACUGAGUUUGUCCAAGGCAGGACAUCCCGAUGGGGGCUUGCUUGGUCUUUCUUGCCUCCCAUACAGAAGUCAUCAAUUUCGUUGCCUGACAAGAAUAACAUGUCCUUCAUGCUUGAGGGACUUCAACGCCAACAUGGUGCCAUUAAUGUGUUGGAAGCUGUCAAGUCAUACUUCUCUUUGCAUGGCCUAUCCUGUACAUUGAAUACCUCCUCUUUCACUGUGGAUGUUGUGGCAUCGAAAGAUGAGUGUGAUUCAAUCGUGAAGAAUGAAUUACCCAUUACCAAUAAAUCCAUGGAUUGUCAACCUACAAGAGAGACAUCUAAUGGAUCAAGUCUGAAUUUCUCUUUGAAUAGAUUAUGCCUUCGAAUAUUGGUUUUUCAGCAAAUCCCUGGGACACUGUUGGUGAAAGGUUCCUUACAAGAUAGGAAUAGCCCAUCAUCAGGAGCAUUCUCAGUGAUUUUCCAAAAACUGGAGGAAGCUUUGAGGAAUAAAUUUUGUACAAAACCAGUGUAGGGUUUUGAUUAUUUGAUUUAUCAUUUGGGACAGAGUGAGUGGAUAUAUUUUGAGAUGUUGAGAAGUUUCAUUAGUGCUAAUUUCUGGGUUUAUGAUUUAUAGAAAACAAUUGACGGUGUUGUUUUGUUGUAAAAAGGAAAUUGUGUUGCUCCUUGAGAAAAUUUUGGGUAGAUCAUAUAUACUAUUUCGUGUACCAAACCACCAAGAAUCAUUGUGGUUUAAGAAUUGUACUUAGUGGGGAUCCAACUUUAAAAUUUCAAACGAACUUUCCUUUUAUGCCGAUUCAAUGCACAAGCUAUA